CCGGGCCCCGCCCCUGCCGAGGCGGGCGGGAGGAGCGGGUGCCACGUCCGUGGGGGCCUGCCCGGCCCUGCCCUGCCCGCAGCGCCCCGCACCGCGCGGCUCGGCUCGGCUCGGCUCUGCUGCCCGCCCGCCCGCCCGCCGCCAUGGGCGCCUCGCAGAGCGUCGACAUCCCCGGCGGCGGCACCGAGGGCUACCACGUCCUGAGGGUGCAAGAAAACUCACCGGGGCACAGGGCUGGAUUGGAGCCGUUCUUUGAUUUUAUUGUGUCUAUUAAUGGUUCGAGACUGAAUAAAGACAAUGACACUCUCAAGGACCUGUUGAAAGCAAAUGUUGAAAAACCUGUAAAAAUGCUAGUGUACAGUAGCAAAACACUGGAGCUCAGAGAAACAUCAGUGACCCCCAGCAACAUGUGGGGUGGACAGGGCCUGCUGGGGGUGAGCAUUCGUUUCUGCAGCUUCGAUGGGGCCAACGAAAACGUAUGGCAUGUAUUGGAAGUGGAACCAAAUUCUCCUGCUGCAUUGGCUGGACUCAGACCUCACAGUGACUAUAUCAUUGGAGCAGAUACUGUUAUGAAUGAGUCUGAAGAUCUCUUCUCCCUUAUUGAAACACAUGAAACAAAGCCAUUAAAACUUUAUGUGUACAACACAGACACAGAUAACUGUCGGGAAGUGGUGAUUACUCCAAAUUCUGCCUGGGGUGGAGAAGGCAGCCUAGGAUGUGGCAUUGGUUAUGGGUAUUUGCAUAGGAUACCUACACGCCCAUUUGAGGAGGGAAAGAAAAUCUCUCUCCCAGGACAGUUGCCUAGUGCAUCUCUCAGUCCUCUCAAAGACGGCUUUACAGAGGUUCAGCUGUCAUCAGUUAAUCCUUCACCGGCGUUACCCCCUGGGCCAGCAGGACUUGAACAGAGUCUCUCUGGACUUUCUAUUAGUUCACCCUCAACUACUGUCAGUAAUGUUCUCAGUACAGGUGUUCCAACAGUUCCAUUAUUACCACCGCAAGUCAGUCAGUCCCUUACUUCCGUGCCACCAGUUAAUCCAGCAACUACAUUACCAGGUCUGAUGCCGUUACCAGCAGGGCUUCCCAACCUGACUGAUCUGUCCAAACUUAAUUUACCAGCACCACACAUCGUUCCAGAAAUCAUACAGCCUGGUUUGCCAACUCUUCCGUCUUUGCCGCCUCUGAAUCUAAUGGGAAUAACACCUCUAUCGAUGCCACCAAAAUGUGUUCCCCUGCUUCCUUUGGUCACAGAGGUUUCUACAGUGCCUACAGAUUUGCUUCCCUCCAUGACUCAAGCUGGAAGCUUUUCCGUUGACCCUGGCACUACUGUAAAUGUAGAACAGACCUCUACACUCACCUUGGAUAGUGCUACCCCAACUUCUAAGGCGACUAUUGUUGACAAAUCAAGUGAAUCCUUGGCCGUCAAUGAGAAAACAUCUGGCAUCACAGAUACACAAGCUUCUGAAUCAUAACUCCAGAUCACUCUGUUGAAUUGGCUUGGUAUUUAUUUAGCCAUGGGAUACAUAUUUGAAGAGCAAACUAUCAUUAAUUUCAUACUAGUUUGUACUUAAUCUUUAGGAAUCCUGUAAAUAAUAUGGAGGUAUAAUAAAAAUAAAGGGGAUUUAUAAAGUGUGCUUGGUGGGUGGGGAGGAAGAGUACUGGUACUUAGCCAAAAAAAAUAAAAAUAAAAUUCAAGGUGGUAAAUAGAAUUCCACUGCCAAACUCGGAGGUAUAUGUUUUUAAUAUAGGCUGAUAGCCUUAGUCUGCUAGGCCUCUCCUUGCUUAUUAUUAGCAACUUUUGCUUCUGAUAGAAAUGAAGCAGUUCUUGCGUGUGACAUUUACAUACCAUAGUUCUUGUCUUUGCGAGUAUCUUGUUACUACAGUGGGGAUGAGAAUGUUUAGUCUGAAUUGUAAAUUUUAACAGUGCAAAACUUCCACCUAAAGGUAUUUCUAUUAAAGUUGCUGAGUGACCUGUUAACUGACAUCUUGUUAUUCAGCUUGUACACAAAUCUUUAUUUUGAGCUCUUGAGAGAUGCUCAAGCCAUGUUUUGUGACUGCUGCUGCGUUGUUUCACACGCCCACUGUAAAAUGGCAUUUGGAAGGGAAUGCAGGAAAUGUUAAAUGUAGCACACAAUUUGGCACUUCAUGACUACUGUAAGACAAAUUAAUGGAUUAAGCAUACAUACAGCAAUAAAUUCCUGGAAUUUUA